AUGAGGGUAAGAAAUAGAGCAUUGGUUCUGACACUACUUUGCCUCAUCUCUAUUUAUAUUUUAUUUGGAAAGGGUGUGUACCAGCGAUCUCGAAAGGGUUCUAUCCUAGAAAAUUCUGGUUGGUUACGCCCUAACUAUUAUUCGAAAGGAGACCCUGUUGAGUUAAUUGUCAACAAGGUUGAGUCAGAUUUAACUCAGCUUCCCUAUGCAUAUUACGAUCUACCCUUCACAUGUCCGCCAACAAUGCAUAAGAAACCUUUGCAUCUUUCCUUGAAUGAAAUAAUUCGUGGAGAUCGUAAGUGGCAAAGUGAUUACAUUUUAAACUUUGGCGAAGAUGAUCAAUGUCAUAUUCUAUGUACGAGGAAAACAACGAAAGAGGGAAUGAAGGAAGCCCAAGAAUUGGUAAAGAACGGAUAUGUUGUCCAGUGGUUAAUUGACGAUGAACUACCAGCGGUAACGACUUUUAUUUCUACCACUGAUCACAAGAAGUACUAUGCUUCAGGAUUCCCAUUGGGCUUUGUCGAUCCAGAAACAGGAAAAACAUAUUUAAAUACACAUGUUAUGAUCGUUAUCAGAUACAACACGGUUGACACUAACAAACACACAAUUUUUGGAUUCGAACUAUAUCCAAAAUCCACUGUAGACUUUCAUUGUCCUGGUGCAUCUAAAGAUUACGAACAAUAUGAACUCGUUGUACCGGAGAAUGAUGAUGAUCUCACUUUUAUUCCAUUCACAUAUUCCGUUUAUUGGAGGGAAGAGUAUUUAGUUGAUUGGGAACAUAGGUGGGAUCUAUAUCUGAAUGCCGGGGAACUUUCCAAUGAUAAGAGCAAGCAAUUCCACUGGAUUAGUUUGGCCAAUUCAUUUGGUAUUGUCUUUCUAAUAUCUUCAAUUACUGCUGUUAUCUUAUACAGAACGUUCAAAAUUUCUCGAAGAUCCUUUUCUGAUAUUAGUAAAGAGGAAGAUGAUAAGGGAUCCAUUUAUGUAGUGGCAAGGAAAUGGCUUCUUAAUGAACAGACACCACUAGCAAAUGUAUUGAUAAUUUUUGUCUCUAUGGGAGUUCAAUUUUUAUUUACUGUUCUGGGAUCAUUAAUCAUAUCCUGUUCCUUGAAAAAGUUACACAAUGUGAGAGAUUCUGUAUUGACGAUGGGACUCCUGUGUUUUGUUACUGGGGCCUUUAUGGCCUCCUUUACAGGUGCUCAUCUAUUAAAAAGCAGAGAAGAAAUGUGUUCAGAGUCGCAAAUGAAACCAACUAGAUACUAUCCAGUAUUUGCAUUAUUAUGCGGAUCACUAUUACCAAGCUUUGUAAUGCUCGUGGCCCUUCUCUUGAACUCAAUUGUCUGGGCGCAUGAUUCCACUCAUGCGUUACCAUUUGGGACAGUCCUAUUUUUGAUUUCGGUCUAUUUUGUGGUUUGCAUUCCUCUAAGUUUGCUAGGUGGGUAUAUAGCUGUAAAAUCGACAAACAGCAAGCCUUCUUUCUCAUUUAGCAUUGGGAAUUAUUCCGAUAGGAUCUUUGUCUAUAAGACUAUAACCAUGAGCCCAUCGGUGCUAAUAAACAGACCACUUUCAUCACUAGCAAUCUUGGCCGGUGGUUUAUUUCCCUUUAUUAUAAUAUACGUUGAGCUUCAAUAUGUCUACAAGUCCUUAUGGUUGGAGAAAACUACAUUUUACUAUUUCUAUGGUUUUUUGUUGGCUAAUAUUCUCUUACUUUGCAUUGUAAUAUGUGAAAUAUCUAUCAUUGGUACAUUUAUUUUACUUAAUUCAGCAGACAAGAACUCUAACAAUUGGAGAUGGACCAGUUUUCAGAUUGGUGCUAGCUGUGCAUUUUAUAUGGAGGUGUACUCACUCUAUUACGUCUUCUUUAUCCUUAACAUCCGUGGGUUCUCAUCCAUUUUCAUUUCUGUGUGCUACGGUACACUGUUUAAUAUAAUGUGUGGAUGCGCAACGGGAUCAAUUGCAUGCUUAACCAGCCAUUGGUUUGUGCAGAAAAUUUAUAAGAUGAAAUACCAUAAGUAA